AUGGCUAAUGUCAAUUUGAGUCCCGGUGACUUUCUGGAUGAAGUCGAGAAAAUUCCAUCAGUUUCCGAGAAAAUCGCGAAGCUGGACGAGCUCCUGGAGAAACUUGAAGAAGAGAACAAAGAAGACGAUGACACCGAAGCUCGGCGUUCCGAGAGAGAAAGAGUAACCGCUCUCUAUCGUACCUACCGUCAAAACCUUCUUCAACCUCCGUCCUCAUCAUCGUCUUCUCUCCCACCACCGCCAUCAUCGUCUUCUCUCCCACCAACAUUCAAUUUUUCUACACCCAUUUGGGACUUGUAUCGGUCAAUUUCAUCGUCCUCCGUUCCACCACCGUCAUUUCCACAUCAACUAACCACUAUUCCCUCGACGGACCUCUACUCGCUACCGCCGGUGUGCUUCACGCCACCACCAGGUUCCAAGUCACAAUCGCUCUCGACCACUCCGACUCUUCCUCCUUCACAAGAACCGCAAGUGCCAAGAAGAAUUGUUUGGACUGACGAGCUGAAAAAAACAUUCGAUGUGGCCGUAAAUUUUCUCGGAGGCUUAGAACGAGCAAGUGCCUCAGAUAUUCGCGAUGUCAUGGACGUGGAGGGAUUAAGGGUAGAUCAAGUUGCCAGCCGAGUGCAACGUGUCCGUCAAGCAAACGCCCGUCAAGAAGAGGCCGGAGACGACGCAGACGACGCAGAGAAGACGACGACCAAGGGGAAUCAUCUUCAUGCAAAAAAAGAUGAUUAG